AUGUUUUCUUACGUAAGUAUAUGCCUUUUUGUCUCGGUUUUAUUAACCAUUGUAAACGGAGCUAUGGAUCCCGAAGCACGAAUCACAUCAAUGGACAGAACACACGCUUUGGCUGCCCAACGAACUGUUACAAAAGUGCUGUGGGUUCACAAUGGAGGACCAUGGGGAACAUGGAGUCGUCCUGAAUUUUGUGCAAAAGGAUAUUUUGCAAGUGGAUUCUCCUUAAAGAUUGAAGGAAGACAAGGAAAAGGAGAUGACACUGCACUGAAUGCUAUACGUCUAAAGUGCAGAAAGGGACACAACUCUCCUAACACUGGUGGAACUAUUUGGGCGCAUGAAGGACAAUGGGGUCAAUGGUCAAGAACAAUGGACUGUCCUUCUGGUAAACGUUUUGUUGGAUUCCGUUUACAGGUUGAAGACAGACAGGGGAAAGGAGAUGAUACAGCUGCAAACUAUGUAAGGUUUAGGUGCAGAAGGGUCAAUGGUGGAGCAACAAAUAGAAUCGGAACUAAAGGAUUGUGGGGAACAUUUGGGGCAUGGAGUCAAAACUGUCCUCAUGGGUCUGCAAUCUGUGGACUAAAGGUCAAAAUUGAAAAGCCCCAAGGAAAAGGGGACGACACCGCACUGAAUAACGUAAAAUUCUAUUGUUGUACACAUUAA